AUGGAGAUCAGCGAUGUUUUGUCUAAGGAACCUGAAGCCUGUGCACCACCACCAUCAGAGCCUGUUGUUAAGCCAGAGCCGGAAGUAAAACAAGAGAAACAGGAUAUCAAGACGGAGUCGCCAGUAGCUACACCGGCAAUUUCUCUUACUGAACAGAAACCAGCUACAGGUAGUGGGAUCAACUUGGUAGAGACAAUAGGUGGAUCUCAGACAAGGAGAUACCUAAAUGAUAAGGUAACACCAGUUUUAUUGGAGGGCAUGCGUAAGAUAGCUGUGGAGCAACCUGCAGAUCCGCUACGGGUAUUGGGUGAAUAUCUGAUAGAACGCAGUGACAAUUAA